GUUUCUUCUGGUUUAGCUCCAUUUGGAAAAAAAAUAAUAGACUAACAAUGUUUGCGCCUGCCGACAGGCAUUCCUCCAUACGCAAGGUACUAAUGGUGGUCACCAUGGUUACCGUUGGUAAACAUAUCGACUGAGAACCAACCUGUUCCUGUUCUCCAACCUUUGUACUGAUCACGCUGUAUUACGGAAACCAGUCUGUAAACGGAAAGACCACGAUCAGUGAGAGUCGUCCAGUCAGUCCAGUAAGAAUCAGUAAAAAUACAACUUCAUGGAUUGGACCAGCGAAUUAGAAGUAAGCUCGAAGAAGCUGGUACCGAGGUUAGGAAGACGAGCUGGUCAAGGAAGCGCAUCGCGGGAUGAUUUCAAGUCUGAGGAUGACCCUCUGGACAGUCCUGUUUCUCUGAGCAGUCUUGCUACAGCAACACCAGUGGCACCGCCACGUGCUAGGAAAACCGGAUGGGGCGAUGAGACAAAAGGCUCCAAGUACGUGUUUUCUUCCUACUCGGGAUCCUCAGAACGAAGAUAUCAUCAAGCAUGAUAGAACAACUCUUCUUUAGGGAACGUUUUCGUGGGGCUGACAAAGGUGAUCGCUCCGGCUUGGAUGACGGAGACGAUGCCGACGUGGAAGUCAAUGAAGGAACUAGGCGGCACGAAAUCCCUGUUAUACCUGACUUGGAGGACGUAC